UGUAAAAUGAUGUACAGGUUACGUUGGAUUUCCGCCAGGAGGUUCGCAACAAAUUGGUUAAGUAAAUUUCGAAUCUGGCGUUCUGGACUUAGUUCAUAAGGAGCAAUGCAGCAAUACUGUAGCGUGUUUAGACUUUUUAAUAAAUAGAAAAAGAUUCGAAUAUUCACCACGUGCUACACCUCACAACGUGUCAAACGCGUAGCAGCCGUAGUUGUGCGGGACGAUGUGUCUGACGAGCAAGUUGGAACGUUUUGGUCUUGCGUUUCUGGCACGACGGGAAUUUACGAGCAGCAAAGGCGUGAAAUAAAACUAAACGCUGUUCCCAGUGCGCUCGAAAUUGCUCCAGCGCUUGACAUCUGCUUGGAAUGACAAGCCAAUAGAUAUAAACAAGCAAAAUCACGAUGGAGAUGCAACACGCUUGGAGACUGAUCGCUUUGGCGCUGCUGGUUGACGCCGCGAGGACCGCCGCUUCGACCCCGGCAUCCCCAUCUUUCUCUCCGAUCGUCAUCCGGGCUGAGUACGAAAAGAAUUACAGCAACGUGACCAACGCCACGGUCGAAUACGUGUUUCUGUAUCCCGCCAGCAAUAUGUCCUUGGAAACCGCGAGACUCAAGAUUGAAAGCAACGCGACCCACAGCUUGCCGUUGAUAAUAGUAGUGCGCCAGACAACGGGCAUUCUAUCCUGGCAAAUACCUCUGCUCGUCAACGGCGUGGACUUGGACACUGUAAUAUAUAACAAGACUAGUCGUACUCUGUGUUCCACGAAAUAUUAUCGAUACGCACAAGACGACGAGGACUACGUUAUCGUCGGUAUCUCCACGGCCAGUCGCGACAAUGUCUUCUUCGGCAUCAGCGUGGUUGAAGUCAGAGACUUUUAUUUAAGUUCUGAAAAGAAAGUAGAGGUGCAGAUCUCCCCAUCCGAGCCCAUAUAUUACGGCUACAUAUUCUCGAAACAGGAGAACUCCUCGGUUAUUGUUCGCGUCGAAUCCGACAAUGACGUCUGCAUGACGGUGUCGAUACAAAAUACAUCGUGCCCUGUAUUCGACUUGGAACGAAACAUCGAGUUUUCUGGACACUGGCAGACUAUAAGCAGAAGAGGCGGCAUCACAGUACCGAGGGAGGCUUAUCCGUUGGGAUUCUUCGUUGUACUCGUCGUCAAAGGGGAGGACACCGACUGCAAUGGGUUAUCCAGUAGUAAUCCCCUUCGCACUAAAAACGUUACAUUAAUCGUGAAUCCUACCAUUACCAAACGGGACUACGUCGUUGCGUCGGGGUCGGCGGCGGCGAUUGUAUUAGGUUUCUGUGUCUCAUACAUAACGGCCGUAAUAGUGUUCAAUAUCAGAGAGAACAAGAAACUCGCGACGCAAGAGCCGAUCAACGAGCAGAGCCGAGACGUUAACGAGCACGUGCCGAGUCCGUCGAUGGUGGAGGAGAACAGUCCGAAACAGUGGGACUCCGUGGAAGAGGACUCGUCCCUGGACGAGGACGACAUAGAUCUAAUGGUAGACGCUCUCUCCGACAAGGACGUAAUACGAUCGAAGGUAAUCCUCUCGGUUUGCGAUCUCGCUCGCAAGGAACCGAGAAUAUUGCGACACAAAUCUCGUUUGUAUUUAUAUUACUUGGCGACCGUCGCGGUAUUCUAUACCCUGCCGGUCGUGCAACUGGCGGUGACGUACCAGCGUGUGCUCCAUACAACCGGGAAUCAAGAUAUGUGCUAUUACAACUUUCUGUGCGCCCAUCCGCUGGGGCUGCUGUCCGAUUUCAAUCACGUGUUCUCGAACUUCGGAUACGUUAUGCUGGGUUUACUGUUCAUAUUUCUGACUUACUCCCGAGAGCACAACGAGCCGGACAAGGAGAAUGCCAAGUGCUACGGCAUACCGCAACACUACGGUCUGUUUUACGCAAUGGGCACAGCGUUGAUAAUGGAAGGUAUAUUGUCGGCGAGUUACCACGUAUGCCCUAGCCGUAGUAAUUUUCAAUUUGAUACCAGCUUCAUGUACGUGAUCGCGGUGCUCUGCAUGAUCAAGAUUUAUCAAAAUCGCCAUCCCGACAUAAACGCUAGAGCGCCGGUAACGUUUGGAAUGUUGGCCGUUAUAAUAUUCGCAGGACUGAUCGGCGUCCUGAAUGGCUCCAAGUCUUUUCUGAUAAUAUUCUCCAUCCUGCAUCUACUGAUCUGCUUCUUUCUGACUGUGCAAAUAUAUUACAUGGGACGAUGCAAAUUCGACAGGAGCGUUUUCAAGAGAGUAAUACAGAGAUUCAAGCACGAGGCACGCUGCGGUAUAUGGCAUUUACUUCGACCGUAUUAUCCCGCGAGGUUCAUAAUGCUCGUGCUGGCGAACCUGUGCAACGUCGGUCUCGCGGUGUUCGGAAAUAUGUAUCAGCGAGGCAACUUCGCUACGUUUUUACUGGCAAUAUUGAUGUCCAAUUUAAUUUUAUACACGUUCUUUUACAUAAUGAUGAAGCUUUGCCACAGGGAACGGAUUCUUUUUAUGCCUGCGAUUUAUAUCUUUCUAUCCAUGCUGUUUUGGGGGGCAGCCUUGUACUUCUUCGUGAAUAAAACGAUUUCUUGGGCUCUCACACCGGCCCAAUCCCGCCUGUAUAAUAAACCCUGCGCGUUACUGAACUUUUUUGACUCCCACGAUAUCUGGCACUUUCUCUCUGCAUUAGCAAUGUUCUUUUCGUUUAUGGUAUUGCUUACUUUAGAUGAUGACCUAACGGAUGUACAUCGGAGCCAAAUACCAGUUUUUUGAAAACGCUCUUCUACAUAAGUUUGAGAAUUGUGUGAAAUUUUAUAAUUUUUUAUGAGAAAUUCUCUCUCGAAUGUACAUGAUAUACAGUUUACAUAGUAAUUUUACAAACGAGAUGUAUAAAAGAUUUAGGAGUGAGAGCGUGUGCGUGCGUGUCUAUCAUCUGCCAUGAUGGAACAUGCUAGUGAGUAUUGUCUGUACCAAAGAAUGCGUGUGACGUCGAUUAGACCGAAUAAAUGUGUAAAUGCAUACGAUCCCAUAAGUUGUCUGUUACAAAUUUCAAUUGCGGUGCCUCGACCGCACUUCUUAUAAAGUAUGUGAUAGUGUUUGAAAAAGAAAAGUGUACAUCUUCCGCAAAACGUAGAGAAAAACAAUUAGUAGAAAGAGAAGAAAUUAACGUUAUACACACAAAUGUAUACAUUUUUGCGUCUGUCGUGAGAUGUUAUUUAAAUGCGGCAGUUGUGCAAGCAUAUUGUUCAUCUAUGUUAAAGUCUCCUACAAUGUUUUCCUUCGAAAAAUAAAUAUACAUUUUAUAUA